AUGUGGCUCUUUGGUGGAAAGGACAGCCCACCCGAACCACCUGUGGCGACUGGCAUUCACGAACCACAGGAAAGAACCCAGGACAACAACCUCGAUGCAUCGGACCAAAUCGCAGUUGUUGGAAUGUCCAUGAGGCUUCCUGGCGGGAUCAAGACAGCAGAAGAUUUCUGGGAUCUACUCAUCCGCGGGAAGGACUGCCAUGGACCUGUGCCCGCGUCUCGCUACAAUGCCGAUAACUACUACUGCGAAUCGGGUCGACCGGGGACUCUACCAACGAAACACGGAUAUUUCUUGGAUGACGACCUAUCGGCUUUCGAUGCAUCUUUCUUUUCGAUGAACGGAACGGACGCUGCCACCAUGGAUCCGAAAUUGAGGUUCCUGCUCGAAGUUGUCUGGGAGUGUCUUGAGAAUGGCGGACAGGUAGGCUGCCAGGGGAAAGAUAUUGGAUGCUUCGUGGGAAACUUUGGAGACGACUGGUCAGAGAUCUUAUGGAAGGAUACGCAGAGUAUUGGAAAAUAUCACGCGGUUGGGACGCACAACUUCUCGUUGGCGAAUCGAAUAUCGUAUGAAUACGAUUUCCAUGGACCUAGCACGACGGUUGACACUGCAUGCGCGUCAUCAUUGAUGGCCUUGCACCAAGCAUGCCAGGCCCUCCGAAAUAACGAAUGCAGCGGUGCAAUUGUGGGAGGAACGAGCAUGAUCAUUUGUCACAGCUGCACCGCCUCCAUGGGAGUUGCAGGAGCUCUUUCCAGAGAUGGAAGGUGCAAGACAUUUGAUGCUAGCGCCGAUGGGUAUGGAAGAGCAGAGGCCAUUAGUUCCAUUUUCGUGAAAAGAUUGCCCGAUGCUAUCCGUGAUGGGGAUCCCAUCCGGGCCACUAUUCGAUCCACAGCAACGAAUUUCGACGGGAGGACGCCGGUGUUCAUUGCGCCGAACCCGAAGGCUCACGAGGACAUGAUCAAGAUGGCCUACAAAUCUGCGGGUAUCGAUAACAUGGGCGAAACAGGAUUUUAUGAAUGCCACGGUACCGGGACACAACUCGGCGACAGAUGUCAGUAA